AUGCUGCUCAUUCGUCGCGUCUACAGCCCGGUAUCCGUGGUUCGAAGCCUCAAGGGAUCCGAGAUCGUCCUAACUGGGGAUGGGGCAGGCGAUCUUGCGCUUGGACAAGCCACUAGCCACAGCGGCUUCCUGACGAGCAUUAACCCUGAAGGGUUGGUAGCGGCAGUACACACAUUCGCAAAAGCAAACAAACGCAGUGGAAAUGUCAACCGCAAAGAUGGCGAUAGCUUGUCAGGGGGUAUACCCUUUUAA